UUUUCAACAAACAUGGAUUCCUCAAAGGUCCCAGUCAAAUUGGCUAAAGUUAUUAAAGUCCUUGGACGUACCGGAUCUCGUGGUGGUGUCACCCAAGUCCGUGUCGAAUUCAUGGAUGACACUUCUCGUUCCAUUAUUCGUAACGUUAAGGGUCCUGUUCGCGAAGACGACAUCCUUGUCUUGUUAGAAUCUGAACGUGAAGCUAGACGCUUACGUUAAAAAAUUUGAAAACACACGGGAUAUUGUUUUGCGGUUCUAGAUCGCCAAUGUUUAUUUGAUUUUAUUUCAAAGUACAUAAUCAUGGUCGGGAUGGUUCUAAGGAGAACGACCAACCACAGCGUACUUUGGAUUUUUCACUGUCAAAAUAUUAUCAUCCUUUGAAUGAACAUGUACCUCUGGU